UUGUGAAUUUAUACUAUCAAAAGUUCAACAUGAUUUUCAUGAGAAUAUUUAUAUACAGAUUCCAUAUUAUGCUGAGUCAUUGCUACUAUAUUAUGCAUCUACAUGUAUAUUUUUCCAGAAAGAAUGUCCGAGAAUUACGCAGUUGUACAAUUUUUAAUCGAUGAAACCUUCUCAGAAAUUUCGACAAAUUGGGUUCAAAAAAAUGAAAGUGAUCUCAUUUGUUGGUGGCCCAAUACAAAAAAUAUCAGUUCAUUAAUUGAAAAUCGAACUGAACCGGAUAAGAACUUAUGGUCAACGUUUGACAUUACGGUGAUCAAAUAUUGUUCGUCACUUGCAUCUGCACGAAAAUCAGCUGCAGAUGCUUAUUACAUUACGACUGAUGAUGAAAAAAUUGGUCGAGGACAAAGGACAUUAAAAAUGAAUAAACAAGGAGAUAGAAAGAAACAUGAGGGAAAAAAUUAUGAUGAUUCAAAUGAUGAGAGUGAUAAAGAAAAUGACAAGAAUAGUAAUGGGAAAAAGAAAAAAUCAACUAAACAUUUGAAACAAAGUAUUAAUCGUCCCACUUUUAAUUCUAUGCCCGUAUACAAUCCUGAAAAAGUAAAAAAGAUUUGUCAAUCUGGUGAAAAAUCUGUUGUAUCUGUUUGUGCUUCCAAAAAUUUCGAAGCUGAAAUGUUACCAUCAUCAAUAUCAACGAGUGUAAAUCUAAUGAAAGGACAAUUAAGGAAACUUUAUGCUCUAAUGAGUCGUCAUCACCUCUUACCGUAGAUUUGGAGAAUGUCCCUAUUUUAGAGAUUCCAUCAGUAAAAGACAUCUAUGAUACUUUGACACGUAUGGAUAAAAACAUAGACAAAAUAAUACGAGCAAAUAUUACUACCAAUUUCGAACUAACAAGUAUAUCAAAAAGAUUAACUAAAUUGGAAUCUUGUCAACGUAAAGAUAUAGAACCUGCAGAUAACGAUAUGGCAAUGAUAAUAUCAUUGCUGCCAAUCAAAACAGUAGAAUCCAUAAAAGAAUUUGAAAAUGUAAUUACAUCAAAUGAGCUUGCUAAAUCGCAGUUU